GCAUGCGCACUAGUGCGGUGACGCCAAACGGCAGGGAUAGGCGAGAGUUCCAGAGGACUCAGCGUAGUGCUGCUUCAGUUUAGUGAUUGUCUUCACUGAUACAAGUCCUUUUUUUAACUGGUGGAACAUCAGAAAUGGCCCGUGGGCACCAAAAGUUCCAGUCCCAGCAGAAAAACGCCAAAAAGCAGGCAGAGAUCAAGAAGAGUAAAGGCCAUGACCAGAAGGCUGCAGCUAAGGCUGCUUUAGUAUACACAUGCACCGUGUGUCGGACACAAAUGCCCGACCCGAAGACCUUUAAGCAGCACUUUGAAAGCAAACAUCCAAAGUCUCCAAUGCCCCCAGAGUUGGUUGGUGUGGAGGCGUAAUGGAUUAACCUCUUUCUGUAAGGCAGUUGGAACCAACUCAGGACAGGCUUCUACAUUUUGAGGUGUUUCAGAUAAUCUUCAGUACAGCUUCAGUUAUUGCUCAUGAUGAUUAACUGAUGUAUGGGUGUGCUUAUGUAGGGAUUUUACACAAUCAAUUGGACUGAAGACAGCUACCCUCUCUUGGCAUAAAUGUAUGUGUUCCACUUUUGAUUGUAUGCAAUAUUUGCAAAAUCUGAUCAUUUCAAAAUGUUAUGCUCACAAGACUAGCUUGUCCAUGGGCUCCACCACCAUCUCAGGUCUCCCACUGUUUCACAGCAAGCUUUGAAUACAAGAUGAAUUGGCACUGGCUCAAAUGAACAAAGAUGAUGAUGAUAAUUGGAAGUUAUCUGCCAAAUCCAGUGUAAUGUGAAAUCCAUUAUGGGUUUUGACUGAGAUGGAUUUGUGAUGCAGAAGGGUUGAUGUCAAAAUAAUAGUUAUCCAGAAUGUGACUAGAGUUCAUUAAUGUGCUUGGAAAGUCACAUUCAUAACCACUAAUGCUGUGUUCUUUCUAUUAGAUUCAGAUUUACUUCUAAUCUGCACUGAUUAUAUAUAUAUAUAUAAACAUAUAUUUUUUGGCUUGCUUCCAUUAUU